UGCGACAUGCGUUGUACAAUCCCACUGGGCAGUCCAUGUUGUGAACCUCAGUGCUCCCUGAGAACUCAAGCUGGGGACAAACACAUUCUGCUCAGAAAACAAUAAUUGUCAAAGGAGCAUGCAGUUGUCUGUAAUCCUUCUGUUUCUCCAACUGUGGGGGAAUGUGGAAGUCUCUCUAUCACAGAAUGUGUGUUCGAAGCUCCCAGAUGUUCCUCACGCCCUUGUGUCAGAAGAGACAAAAAAAACUGAGUACCAAGAAGCAGACGUGAUACAUUUCACUUGUGAACCUGGUUAUAUAUCAGGUCAAACCUCCAAAUAUGUAUGCGCAAGCGAGGGCUGGCUUACAGUCCAUCAGGGAACGUGCUACUCAUGUUCAACGCUCCCAGAUGUUCCUCACGCCCAUGUGUCAGAAGAGACCAAAAAAGCUGAGUACCAAGAAGCAGACGUGAUACAUUUCACUUGUGAACCUCGUUAUAUAUCAGGUCCAACCAUCAAAUAUGUAUGCACAAGCAAGGGCUGGCUGGCAGUCCGUCAGGGAACGUGCUACUUUUCAGCUUCAAACUGUGACCCCCCGCCUGCAGAUGGAGGGCUUAUAGUAAAAGGUUUACCAGAAAAUGAAGAACCCAUACUUCCUGACCAAUUCCUCACAUUCAGCUGUGAUGGUCCUGGGAAAUAUCUGAAUGGCAAUUCAGUGCUGAUAUGUGGUAAAGAUGGACAGUGGGAUAAUCCAUUCCCCUCUUGUGAAGAGAAAUGCAACGUCACAGGUGUACCAGCCAAUGUACGCAUCACCACAUAUGUACCAAACAAUCAACUGAGAAAAGGACAGAAUUUAAGGUUUGCUUGCCACAAGCGUGGAGACACUCUUCGAGGGAGAGCAUCGGUUGAAUGUUUAGCAAACGGACAGUGGAGUGAUCCCUUCCCAACAUGUGGAGCUCCUUUGGGUUGUGGGAAACCACCAGUCCUUGCAAACGGAGACACCAAGGAAAGUGUUCGAUUCCGGUACUUACAUAAUGAAAGAGUUGAAUACAUCUGUCAGAGAUGGCACGUUAUGGAGGGUGAGCCUUACAAAACCUGCAACAAUGGUGAAUGGAUUGGACAGAUGAAAUGCCUCAAACCCUGCACUGUGAACAGAGAAACCAUGAAAAAACAUAAUAUUACCUUCAGAUAUACUCGUUACGAUAAGCUGUAUUCAGAGCAUUCUGAUGAAAUUGAGUUCGUGUGUAUCAGAGGAACAAGACAUGACGGAUCAGUGAACAUGCGUCAGAGGUGUGUUGAUGGUGUGGUUCUCCUGCCCACUUGCCAGGAUGAGGUUUUCAGUAUAGCAGAGAUAAAAUGCACAGUACCCAUGAUUCAAAAUGGUUAUGUGCCUGGAGAUAUCCAAGAGUACAAAGAACAUGAAGUCCUGCAUUUUGAGUGCAAUCCUCAAUAUAAACGUGCUGAAGACAGACCUUCAAUAUGCACGAAACUAGGAAUAAGAGCAGAUUGGACCCCUACACCUGUAUGUGAACAAAUUAAAUGUAGACUGCCACCGACACUGGAAGGAACCAGGUAUGAACCUGCUUUCAGAAAUGUGUUUUCACCUGGUGACACACUAAGAGUCAUUUGUGGAGAGAAGUACUGGAUUUCUAACCAUCAGACCAAAUCAGCACUAGCUACAUGCAAAGAUGACGGACAAUGGACUGUCAGACCGGUAUGCCAAGAGGUUAUAUGCAGAAUUCCAGAAGACCCACUUGUGGUUUACUGGUAUAACAAUUGGAGGCAACAAAUAAAACUGGAUGAGACUGUAAGUUAUCAGUGUAGGUCAGGCUACAAGAGGACAGAUGGCGUCACCCGGGCCACAUGCACCAGAGACGGGUGGAGACCAAAUCCACUCUGUGAAGAGCUUGUGAGUUGUGGGGCACCACCAUUGCUUGCAGAUGGAGACCUCAAGUACACCAUGAAAAGUCAAUACAGCCAUAAUGAAAGUGUUGAAUACAUGUGUCAGGGGUACUACACCAUAGAGGGACAACCUUACAGAAUCUGCAUCAAUGGUAAAUGGACCGGACACAUAAGAUGCCUCAAACCUUGUGUUGUGAAUGAAGACAACAUCAGACAACAUAACAUAGCUUUAAAAUCUAGUGACAAUAAAUAUUUAGUUCAUGAUGAAAUAAUCGAGUUCAGGUGUGCCAGAGGAAUACCUGUCGGUGCAGUGGCAAUGCGUCAGAGGUGUAAUGGUGGUGUGAUCCUCCUGCCUACUUGCCAGUGAGAGUUUUAGUUAACUGGAAGUAAUGUACGGAGCAAAGCGUUAGACAUGUUAUUACAGUUGUCCUCCGUCUCCACUUUAAUGUUGUCACCUGUGUAUCGUAGAAAAGGAUUUCAGUCGUAGUCAUCUGGACACUGUUUUCAGAAUCAAGACGUUUCGGCUCCCAUCCGGAAGACAUUCUCAAUUGAGGGACUACACCGUCUUUUUGUCUGUUUUCUGCCUCCACAUAAGCAGCCUACCAUAUUACAAGUAAAACUCUACAUUUCUUUUUUAAGCACAAAGCUAAAUAGAUCAGACUCUCUCUUAUUUUUAAUUAUUAAUUAUUAGAAACCAAAUAAAUUGUGUUUAUUUGGUUUUAUUCAUGUUUAUAAUCUAAAACAUGUCUGAUUAUUCUCCUCUAAUUUGUCAAUUGGUACCUGCUAGAUGAUUUUGGUUUUAGUGCAUGUUUCUCUACCGUGCUACACUCUACCAUGCUACUCACUUUCAACAACAACACAAAUACAAUAAAAAAAUCAAUUUUAAACUCAUGUUCCACCCACUAUGUUGUAAAUGUGUCAAAAAUGCCAUUGGGUCUAUUCUCAUAGAAAUAUGAAGUUGUUUUUUUAAUCAGAGUACCAGAGAGGCUGAGCAAAUACAGUACAUUGUCCUGAAAUAAACUUUGUUACAGAAAUCCA